AAAGACGACUUCUGUGUCAUCCCACGCCAGCCUCCGCGGCUGCUGCCCCUAGGGUUUGAGUUUUCCGGGCUGCGCAUGCGCGGGCCGUGCCCCACCCUCCGCCUCUCAUUCGUGGGUUGGUGGGUUUGGGUCACGUGGAAGCGCCUCGCCUCUUCCUCGCCGCAGGGGGCCCGCCCGCUGGCUGGUUUCCGGUUCGGUAGGUCGGAGAUGACGGAGCCGGGCGCCUCUCCGGACGACCCCUGGGUCAAGGCAAGCCCCGCGGGCGCGCACGCCGGCGAGGGGAGGGCGGGUCGGGCUCGUGCACGUGGGGGGUCCGGAAGACGAGGGGAUUCCCUGCAGACCCCAAAGGUCCCCCCGCCCUCCGGGCCCCUGGGCUGCAGAGAAGACAGCCCUCACCCUGCGCGUGCCAAGGUGGAGUAUGCCUACAGUGACAACAGCCUGGAUCCCGGGCUUUUUGUAGAAAGUACCCGAAAGGGGAGUGUAGUGUCCAGAGCUAAUAGCAUCGGUUCCACCAGUGCCUCUUCCGUCCCUAAUACAGAUGACGAGGACAGUGAUUACCACCAGGAGUCCUACAAGGAAUCCUACAAAGACCGGAGGCGGCGAGCACAUACUCAGGCUGAGCAGAAGAGGAGAGACGCCAUCAAGAGAGGCUAUGAUGACCUCCAGACCAUCGUCCCCACCUGCCAGCAGCAGGACUUCUCCAUUGGCUCCCAAAAGCUCAGCAAAGCCAUCGUCCUACAGAAGACUAUUGACUACAUCCAAUUUUUGCACAAGGAGAAGAAAAAGCAGGAGGAGGAAGUGUCCAUGCUACGCAAGGACGUCACGGCCCUAAAGAUCAUGAAAGUGAACUAUGAGCAGAUUGUGAAGGCACACCAGGACAACCCCCAUGAAGGAGAAGAUCAGGUCUCUGACCAAGUCAAGUUCAAUGUGUUUCAAGGCAUCAUGGACUCUCUGUUCCAGUCCUUCAAUGCCUCCAUCUCCGUGGCCAGUUUCCAGGAGCUGUCAGCCUGUGUCUUCAGCUGGAUUGAGGAGCACUGUAAACCUCAGACCCUACGGGAGAUCGUGAUUGGCGUCUUGCACCAGUUGAAGAACCAGCUGUACUGACCGGCUCUUGGAACCUGCAGAAGAGCCAGCAAGAGGCCAGAGUCUCCUGCUUGGCCACGGAGCCACUGGGCUGCCAAGGCUGGACUGCAACACUGCACGCCGGUCAGCUGGUCCUCGGGGUUUGGUUCCCCGGCACCCCCAGUGGGGCUGGGGGAUUGGUUUUGUGAAAGCUUUAAUUUAUUAUAUUGACCACAGAACUCAAGCCUGCUGUCUUUCCCCUUUUCCAUAGAAGUCUUCGGGAGGGGGCCCUGUUCUGGCCUUUCCCCUUCUGAUCCUCAGAUUUUUGCUCCUGAUCUACACAUACUGGGAAGCUACUAUCUGCAUUUGGUCUGGUCUCUUGGGCAACACUGGGCCCAAGUUGGACCAUUUUGGUAGUGGCUGGAUGGGAAGGGAGGAGCAUGAGGAAGUGCUCCCCCAGGCACGAGGGGCAGAAGGCCGCCUCCUGCCUCAGCUAGGGCUGCCUGGUGGGCCCAAGGUGAGACCAGGCCUCUUCUGACCAGCUCAGGGUAGGGCUGCUGGGUUCCUGCCCUGACUUGCUACUCCAUCGCCUCUCCAUCCUCCGCCACAUACUCCCGCCCCCUCUGUCCCCACAAGCAGGAGCACAGCACAGAGAAGUUAAAUGUGACAUAGCACUACAUAUUAAACGUUUUGUUUUUUGUUUUAAUUUUCUAAACACCAACAGUGCAACUUUGCUAAAGUUACAAUUUUUGAAAGUGAACUGGGCCUCAAAACCACUCCCAGCCAUCCUGGGGGUCUCCACCAUCUUAGUGCUAGUGCCGCCUGUGUUUCUCCCAGGACACAGAGCCCAGAAAAGUCCUGGGUAAGGCCUUGGGACUCCUUGAAUGCUGUGUACAGUAGCUUGUCUCCACCCAGUAGCCUGCCUCAGGGUUGACAUCUGGGAGGUUUGGUUAUCCAGAGAAAAUUAAGUAUUUUUAUAUCAAAUUACAAUAAACAUUGCCAAAUGCCUUCCUUCA